UCCUGCACUCUGCUCCAAUUUGCGUGCGCGGCCUCGCGGACGCGGGCACGCCUAUUGGGGGGCUCGGUCCUACGCAACAAAAAGGUGGCGCGCCCGGCUUAAAGCAGCGCGUUGUCCGGUGUUGAUGUGUCGCAGAUUUUAAAAAGUGAGGGAGGGAGGCAGAGAGAAGGAGAGAGAGAGAAGAGAGAGAAGCGAGAGAAGAGUCAGAGAGGGAAGGAGAGUCAGAGAAAGAGAGAAAUAGAGAGAGGGAGGGAGGGAGAGUCAGAGAGAGAGAGAGAGAACUUUGUGUUUCCUCCUCCUCUCUCUCUCACUGUUUUUAUUUUGUGCGCUCCGUCCUCUGAGCGCACACGCGCAGUGUGGAGCGAUGGAGCUGUCAUCCAUAGGAGACCAGGUGUUCGCGGUGGAGUCCAUAACGAAGAAGAGGGUGAGGAAGGGUAAUGUGGAGUAUCUACUGAAAUGGCAGGGAUGGCCCCCAAAGUACAGCACUUGGGAACCGGAGGACAAUAUUUUGGACCCUCGCCUGGUCCUAGCAUACGAGGAAAAUCAGGAGAAGGUCAGAGCGCUGGCCUAUCGCAGGAAAGGUCUCAGACCCAGGAGACUCCUGCUGCGGAACCUCUUUGCCAUGGACCUCCGCAGCGCCCACAAGGCCGCAGUAAAGCCGACUCCCCGUCUGCGUCUCUCCCUCACCCGCGCCAUGAGCACAGACGUGGACCAGGGUGAGCGCAGCAGCAUUUACCGCCGACCGCUCAGGAGGAGGAGCCACCAGAGGGUGGCUAAACGGGGGCCGGACGGGCCUUCGAACAAACCUCUCCAACCACUGAGGAAGAAGGAGGAGCCAAUGGAGGAGGACUGGAGCGGCACCAGCGAAGAAGAGAAGCAGGAGGAGUCCGAAAGCACCUCAGAGGAACAACGAGAAGACAGUUUAUACGGUCAUUCGGAGUGCAGCUCCCUGCCGCUGCUGGAGCGUCAGGACCUAGAGAUGGACGUGGAGGAGAAGGUGGACGCCAACCUGACCGUGGCGGGCUCAGAAACAUGGACUGACAGACCAGAUGUAUAUGAAACUAAACAGAACCAAACGUUUGCGUGCAGCCAAUCGAAGGAUGGCGCCUCGGUGAUGGUGGCCAGACCAGGAGAUGCAGUUACCGUGGGCGGCAGGUCAGAUUGGGCCAGAGGUGAGGAGGAGGUGGAGUCAGGGUCGGAAUGUCCCAGAUUAGAGAGGAACGACACAAUCACAGUGAUAGUGAGCGUUCAGGGGAGCGGCAAGACGGGGGGCAGCACAGCCGCCGCCUGCUCCACUGCUGAGGCGAGGAAUGAGGAGGUGGGCGCCGACAAUCAGAGCCUUACCACAACGACACCGGGCGACACAGAGCGUUCCGGGAAAGUGAUUGUGACACACGUGACCAUCAACUCGCUGACGGUGACUUUUAAAGAAGCGACGGUGGCUGAAGGCUUCUUUAAGGGCCGCUGAACGAAAAGAGAUCCGAAACAAACACCAUCAGAGUUUCCACUCAGUCAUUUUCUACAUGUGAAUAGUCGUGUAUGUAAAAUAAUUCCAUGUUUACAAAGCUACACUCAUUUCCUACUGAGUUCCAUGAAGACAUUUUUUGCCUUUGAAUGAAGAAGUGAGUGGUAAUUCUGAUCAUUGUGGCUCAUUAAUCAGCAUGACAGGAAGCCUGAGGUCCCCAAAAAAAAAUCAUCUGUUGCAAUAAAUCGAUCACAAUGAUUUCAUUCCCGGGGCUGCUGGGUUUACAGAGCGAGGCAGCGGCCUGACAAACGUUCCAGUCGACUUACUUCCACGCAGCUACUUUUUCUAGUCGUCCUCAGUGCUUUCCUGGCAGACUCACAUCUGCUCUCGGGGCCUGUUUCAGUCGCUCCUCUUUCUUACGGAUAACGUUUUGUAAAGACACUGCUCUUGUUUUGUUUUGUUUUUUGUUUCCAGUAUGCACACAGAGCUAAACCGCAUGCCCCGUCAGCCUGUGCCACACAUGCACAAAGCCCUGUCCUGUGUUUUAUUGAAGAGGUUUAUUUCUGUCACAAAAGACAUGAAACAAAGAGAUAGAAUUAAUGCCUGCUGCGUAGAUGAAGUUCUGCAUUUCAAGGGAGGUGGAGGCACAAAAAAAAAAAGAAGUACACAGUUGUGUUCGCUGUCUGCUGUCUUUUACUUUAUAAAAUGCUACCUGGUUCUAUUUUUGUAUAACCAAUUGAUAGUCCGCUCUUUUCACUUGCCUUUGUGCAUUUCAAAAGAGGAGAUAUCAGUUUACACUGCCGCUGACAGCGCCGUGUAGGGUGAUGUACAAAUGGUAGAAACUGUACGUUAGGUCAGUCUCUGGUGGGAUAUUAUUUAUUGCAUGUCACAUGUAUAAGCUAAAGUAAUUUAUGUCACUAAAUGUAUGUGAAUAAGUCUCUUAUCUGACAAAGGUAACAUGUCUGUAGAAACUAAUUUUUAUUUUGACUGCAUUUCCAAUAAAUACGAACUUGAAAAUAAGUUUA